ACGCGCGAGCGUAUCACUCUCGGACUUUCCUUUGGUGUGUUAUUCGGUUUGUUACGCGCUACACGUGAUAUGCGUGUUUUCAACGACAUUCCGAGGUUCUUCUGAUAAUCUUAGCGUCUCGCGCACACAGUUUUUCUUUGAAACAAUAUACAAAAUUAGAAAUAUCAAAAAUAUAAUCGGUAUCCAUUAAUUGUACAUUUAUAAAGACGUACGUUCAUUUACUACCGAAAUGAGGUACGCUCAGCUAGUAAUGGGUCCAGCCGGCAGUGGCAAGUCCACCUACUGUUCAGUCAUGCAACAACACGCUUCUGACACGGGGAAAACGAUAGACGUCGUAAAUUUAGAUCCCGCUGCAGAAUAUUUUGAUUACCAGCCUCUAGUGGAUAUAAGAGACUUGAUUCACUUGGACGACGCUAUGGAGGACGAGGAAUUAAACUUCGGACCCAAUGGUGGACUCGUAUACUGCAUGGAGUACUUAGUCGAAAAUGCACCCGAAUGGCUGGAAGAGAAUUUAAGCGACACGGAUGACGAUUAUAUAAUAUUCGACUGUCCAGGGCAAAUCGAGUUGUACACUCACAUGACUGUGAUACGUCAACUGAUAACUGUCCUGCAGAACCUUAAUUUCCGCGUAUGUGGAAUAUUUUUGAUAGACGUCCAAUUCAUGAUAGACGCGUCGAAGUUUCUGUCAGGCACCCUGGCUACUCUGAGCGUGAUGAUAAACCUGGAUAUUCCUCAUAUCAGUAUUCUUAGCAAAAUGGACAUGUUGUCGAAGAGCGCGCGAAAAAGACUAGAAGACUAUACCAAUCCCGAUCCGCACAGUUUGCUAGCAGAUGCGGAACAAGGUCCAUGGAACGAGAAGUAUCGCAAGCUUACAGAGAGUCUUGGUGAAGUUAUAUCAUCUUACAGCUUAGUGCAUUUUCUGCCGUUAAACAUCAAGAACGAAGAGAGUAUUGCCGAUAUAAAGUUAACGAUCGAUAACACGAUACAAUAUGGCGAGGACACAGACGUAAGAACGAGAGACUUCGAUGACCAGGAUGACGAGCCAGAUGAAACUUGAUUAUUUGUUGAAAUCUUUUAUCCGGAUUGUAAAACGCACAUGUGUAUAGUAUACAAGUUAUUGAAAGAGAAAACGGAAAAGUACUGCAAGCGCCAGGAAACGCUCCGAUAAUUUAUUUUGUAUUGCUAUAUAAAAUUUCCCUUUGUACA